AUGGGCGGCAGGGUCGAUGCUUAUUUAGACAUCGCAUCUCUAUACAGCUACAUCGCAUUCUACCAUAUAAUCAAGAACCAAGAGCUCCUUGCGGCGCAUGGAGUCCAUGUAGACAUCCAUCCAAUCCUGCUUGGCGCCGUCAACGCCGCUACAGGGAACAAACCACCAUGGUCCCUCCCGGCCAAGGCCGUGUACGGCAGCUUUGACGCCCGCCGGUCCUCCGUGAGGGUGGGCAAGCCCGACAUCACCCCGCCCGACAACUUCAUGGAGAGCACCAUGACGGUCCUUCCCCUCCGCGCGCUGCACUUCAUCAAAGCCAACUAUACGCACGCCGCGUACCUGACGGCCUGGCACUGGCUUCUCCACCGUUUCUGGGAGCCGCCCAAUGUCAACCUCACCAAGCCCGACGCCCUGGCCGCGGCACUGGCCGACGCGCCGCGGCAGUACCCCGGCGACACCGAGGACCGGCUGUUCAGCGACGCGGACGUCAGGAGGAUCCUGGAGGGGGCCGCGGCGCAGGAGAUCAAGGACUCGGUCAAAGCGAAGACGCAGGAGGCGGUCGAGCGGGGCGCGUUCGGCGCGCCCUGGUUCUGGGUUGUCAACGACGAGGGCAAGGGGGGGCCGUUCUUUGGGAGCGACAGGUUUCACUUCAUGUAUGAUCAUUUGGGCGUCCCGUACCAGGAUGUCGCCAUCCUCCCGCCGCAAAGCAAAGGCGCGAAGCUGUAG